AUGGCGUCCUUUCUCGAAAACUCAUACAGUCUUGUCCAUCUGGACAACACGGCCGACCAGCCGACCGUGCAGGAACUGAAACUCCAGCUGGAAAAGGGCAAUGAUGAGACCAAGAUGGAUACAAUGCGGACGAUUAUUACGAUUAUGCUCAAUGGUGAUCCGAUGCCACAGCUCCUUAUGCACAUCAUCCGCUUUGUCAUGCCCGCAAAGAGCAAGGCCCUGAAGAAAUUGUUAUAUUUCUACUACGAGAUCUGCCCCAAACUGGAUGCGAGUGGUAAAUUGAAGCAGGAGAUGAUCUUGGUCUGCAAUGGCAUCCGAAACGAUCUGCAACAUGCAAACGAAUACAUCCGAGGAAACACUCUCCGAUUCCUAUGCAAGCUGCGCGAACCUGAACUCAUCGAACCCCUCCUUUCCUCGGCCCGCUCUUGUCUGGAGAAUCGCCACGCCUACGUGCGGAAGAACGCUGCAUGGGCGGUUGCUUCUAUCUUCCAACACUCCGAGGUUCUCAUUCCUGAUGCGCCGGAGCUGCUUCAAGCUUUCUUGGAGAAAGAGUUAGAUGGCACUUGCAAGCGCAAUGCAUUCGCCGCUUUGAUGUCGAUCAGCCACGAGAAGGCACUUGAAUAUCUCGGCACAACUUUCGACACCAUCCCUAAUACCGACGAGCUCCUUCAGCUGGCUGAGCUUGAGUUCUUGCGGAAAGAUGCUAUUCAAAACACCCAAAAUAAGUCGCGAUACCUGAAGCUCAUGCUCGAGCUACUCGAUGCUCCUACUAGCACCGUUGUCUAUGAAGCCGCCACCUCUCUUACUGCCCUCACCAGCAACCCUGUCGCUGUCAAGGCCGCGGCGGGCAAGCUGAUCGAGCUUGCGAUCCGGGAGGCAGACAACAAUGUGAAGCUGAUAGUCUUGGAUCGUGUUGAUCAUCUCAGAAUGCGCAACGAAGGCGUCCUGGACGACCUGACCAUGGAGAUUCUGCGUGUUCUCACUAGUCCUGACAUCGAUGUCCGGCGAAAGGCCCUCGGUAUUGCGUUGGAGAUGGUAUCGAGCAAGAAUGUUGAAGAGAUCGUCAUGCUCUUGAAGAAAGAGCUGGCAAAAACUGUCAACGAGCAGUACGAACAGAAUAGUGAAUACCGUCAACUGCUGGUACAGUCAAUACACAGCUGUGCCAUCAAGUUCUCAGAGAUUGCCGCCAGUGUGGUCGACUUGUUGAUGGACUUUAUCGCCGAUUUCAACAACAACUCUGCGGUUGAUGUGAUUUCAUUUGUCAAGGAAGUCGUCGAGAAGUUCCCAGAUCUCCGCAGCGCCAUUGUCGACCGCUUGGUAUCCACUCUGAGUGAGGUCCGUGCCGGCAAGGUAUACCGCGGUGUGCUUUGGGUGAUCGGAGAGUACUCCCUUGAAGAGAAGGACAUUCGUGAAGCAUGGAAGAAAAUUCGCGCCAGUCUGGGUGAAAUUCCCAUCUUGGCCUCGGAGCAACGCCUCCUUGACGAGGUCCCCGACGAUAACGCGCUUUUGCAGGAGGCGGCCAACGGGCAUGGCAAGAGUGCUCCCACCGGGUCGCGCAAAAUCCUGGCUGAUGGCACAUAUGCCACGGAGAGUGCUCUCACCAGCCAAUCUGCUGCCGCUGCCCGUCUGGAGGCCGUCAAGGCCGCACAGAAGCCUCCUCUUCGCCAACUCAUUCUCGACGGCGACUAUUAUCUGUCUACCGUCCUCUCUUCAACCCUGACGAAAUUGGUCAUGCGCCAUUCUGAAGUUUCUCAAGAUACCGCCCGUACCAAUGCCCUCCGUGCUGAAGCUAUGCUUAUCAUGAUCUCCAUCUUGCGCGUCGGUCAGUCACAGUUCGUCAAGGCGCCAAUCGACGAGGACUCCGUCGAUCGUAUCAUGACGUGUGUUCGUUCCCUCGCCGAAUUCUCCGAGAACAAGGAACUCGAGACCACUUUCCUCGAAGAUACUCGCAAGGCCUUCCGCGCCAUGGUCCAAGUUGAGGACAAGAAGCGUGCUGCGAAGGAGGCGGUGGAAAAGGCCAAGAGUGCUGUGCAAAUCGACGACGCCAUUCCGAUCCGCCAGUUCACCAAGAAGAACAGCGUAGAGGGCGCGGAAGAGAUUGAGCUGGACUUGGCGAAGGCCACGGGGGGAGAUACCGUCACCGAAAAUGUCUCCUCAAAGCUCAGUCGUGUUGUGCAGUUGACUGGAUUCUCCGACUCCGUUUACGCCGAAGCCUACGUCACCGUCCACCAGUUCGACAUUGUGCUCGACGUGCUCUUGGUCAACCAAACCGCCGAGACCCUUCAGAAUCUCUCGGUCGAGUUUGCCACGCUUGGAGAUCUCAAGGUCGUUGAACGACCCUCGACCCACAACUUGGGUCCUCGCGAUUUCCUGAAUGUUCAAGCCACCGUCAAGGUUUCCUCGACCGAUACGGGCGUGAUCUUCGGAAACAUUGUUUACGAUGGUCCCAGCUCUACGGAAACCCACGUGGUCAUCCUGAACGACAUCCAUGCGGACAUCAUGGACUACAUCCAGCCCGCGCACUGUACCGAGACACAAUUCCGGUCCAUGUGGACUGAGUUUGAAUGGGAGAACAAGGUCAACAUCAACUCCAAGGCCAAGACUUUGCGCGAGUUCCUGAAGCAGUUGAUGGAGAGCACCAAUAUGGCCUGUUUGACCCCGGAGGCAUCGCUCAAGGGUGACUGUCGUUUCUUGAGCGCCAACUUGUAUGCUCGAAGUGUAUUUGGUGAGGAUGCUUUGGCCAACCUCAGUAUCGAAAAGGAAGGUGAUGAUGGGCCUAUUACUGGAUUUGUUCGGAUUCGCAGCCGCUCGCAAGGUCUGGCUUUGAGUCUCGGGUCACUGAAGGGCUUGAAAGCGGCAGCGGCUUGA